GCCAUCAAAUCCAACAACCUUAACAAGAAAAUACUUUAGGUUCUCUCUCCUCAAAAUCCCAAUCCGAUGAACUGCAUUCCAACGGUUAAAUCCCCCUUCCAUUUCUUAAACCCUAAUUUCAAAAUCCUGUGCCACCCAAAUCCCAGUCAAAUUUUAAUUCUCCCUCAAAGUCACGCAAACCGUAAACCCUUCCUUUCACAUUACAAUAAAUCCCCCAAUCUUAAUUUAACUGCAAAGAAGAGGAACAUCCAAGUCAAAGCUUCAGUUGAUGGUAACAAUGGUAAAUCAAGGAACUGGGUAAGCUGGUUACCCACGGGAGGUUUAGCAGCUGAUAAAAUUUUGAGAUUGAUUUCAACUGCAACUUCAAGUCCCAUUUGCCAGUUCAUUUCUUCACCUUCCACUUUUUUGCACUCAGUGGACCCUAGAAUCAAGUUGGUAUGGCUAUUGGCAUUAGUUGUUUUACCAGCACGUUCCCAAAUUGUAGUUCGUUUUGGAUUGGUAGCAUAUAUUGCUCUUUUGUCAGUAUUGGUUCUCCCAAAACAUGUGUGGGUGGAUCAAUUGGGAAGAGUGUCACUACUUUGUGGAAUUCUAUUCAUACUGUGUGGGCUUGGUACUGAUGGUAUACCACAACUUGUUCAGUCGAGAACCCCAUCAUCUUCAAUCACCGGGUUGCCUGAACUUCAUGCUUCAUUAAGUGGCUAUUCAUAUUUAAUUAUGAAGCUAGGACCAUUACGGUUUACAAGGAAGGGCUUGUCUGUUGCUAGCACAGCAUCAUGUUUAACCUUCACUAUCCUUCAAAGUGCAAGCCUUUGCUUGGCAACCACGACACCAGAACAACUUGCAUUUGCUUUGCAGUGGUUUAUGCUCCCUUUGAGGCGAAUAGGUGUCCCAGUGGCUGAAAUUGUUCUUACACUCAUGCUUUCAUUGAGGUUUAUCAAUCUAGUGUUUGAUGAGGUUCGAAAUGUUGCAUUAGGGAUUGUAUCUCGUAGGAUAAAUUGGCAACAGUUGACAGUGAUGGAGACGAUUGAUAUUUUUGCUUCCUACAUUCGGCGGAUCUUCAAAAAUAUUUUUAGCCAUGCUGAGCAAAUCUCUGAGGCGAUGAUCGUUAGGGGAUUCAGGGGUGACAGUAAUGCUCAUAAACUUUACUUCUUAUCAGACUCAUCAUUCAAAAUGGCAGAUUUUAUUUCCUUGCUUUGUUUGAUUGCUGUUGCAAGUGUUGCCCUGUUGUCUGAGUACUUACUUGUCUCUUAACUAUACAAUCUUUCUUGGUAUUUCUCUCCCUCGAAAUCUCUGUUCACUUCCAAAUGAAAUAAUUCUAAUCAUCCUUUUGUAUUGUUUCUUC